AAAACACAACAGGAGAGGGAGGAGAAUUCAUUAAUUAAUGAAGUCGCAACCAUCGGGAGAAUACACCAUGCAAACAUUGUCCAACUCCUCGGCUUUUGCUCACAAGGAACUAUGCGUGCUCUUAUUUAUGAAUUCAUGCCUAAUGACUCAUUGGAGAGGUAUAUAUUCUCUAAUGCUUCUAAUAUUUAUCGACAACUCCUAGUACCCCAAAAAAUGCUAGAUGUUUCUCUAGGCAUUGCCCAAGGAAUGGAAUACCUGCAUCAAGGAUGCAACCAGCGCAUUCUCCACUUUGACAUCAAGCCUCACAACAUCCUGCUGGACUACAACUUCAACCCAAAGAUCUCAGACUUUGGCCUAGCAAAGCUCUGUGCAAGUUACCAGAGCAUUGUUACUUUAACUGCAGCAAGAGGCGCAAUGGGAUAUAUUGCUCCGGAGCUAUAUUCAAGGAACUUUGGGGGAAUAUCCUACAAGUCAGAUGUAUACAAUUUUGGCAUGCUGGUGUUAGAAAUGGUUAGCGGAAGGAGGGACUCAGACCCAAGUGUCGGGAGCCAGAACGAUGUGUACCUUCCAGAGUGGAUCUAUGAGAAAGUAACCACUGGGCAAGACUUGAUUAUUACCUGGGAUAUGGCACAUGAAGAGAAAGAAAAGGUCAGACAGCUUGCCAUUGUGGGACUAUGGUGUAUCCAGUGGCACCCAAAGAAUCGGCCAUCAAUGACAAAGGUGGUGAACAUGUUAACGGGGAGGUUGCAGAACCUACAGAUUCCCCCUAAGCCCUUUGUGUCAUCUGAAAAUCAUCCUGGACCAUAAAGCAUGGAGAACAUGCUGUCGUGAUUUGGUACAUAUGGCAGACAUGCACUUAGU